CAGUCUUAAGCAUCAAUGAGAAUCAGAGCGGAUUAUCGAUAAAAAAUCCAUCACGAGUAUCACAGCUAAAAAAAUAUCAGUUCGAGGUCACGAGAUCCGGAUAGAUUAUGAUCGCCGGUAAUAGAAUCAUUCGGUUUCCAAUACUACUCAAAUGAAUUCACAAUCUAGUUGGCCUUCACCGACCUCGUGCUGCUCCACACGUGCGUCCCGUUUGACACGCAACGCCGCCUCGUCGACAAGUCUCGCACAUUUACUUACAAACGCUCGCGUCCGCCACGCGCUUUCUCCCGUUCAUCUUUUCCCUCACAGUUCAAUCUGCUUGUCGAGCGUUUAAACGGAUGCUACAUGUGGAAGUAUCACAGAACACGGUGUAGAGUGAACUGCAAUAUCGAGUGAAAUUCGGAAUCAAAGUUCGCUGAAAUAUCAAGGAUGUCACGAUUGUGUCGCGCAAUCGUCGUGAUGUUACCGUGCUUCAUUCGGGCUGUUGUCGCUAGCAAUUGCUCCAUUUCGUCGUACGAAUGCGGCGCGUUUCUCACGUGUCCUAUUUCUAAGCGCAGCAAUGUCUGUUCGUUCAGCAGAAUGCCAGGUCAGUUGGAAGAGGUCAAGGGUAAACGUGCCACCUUCGGCAUGGGCUGCUUCUGGGCGGGAGACUCUCUCUUCGGGGCACUGCCGGGUGUCAUUAGGACCUGCGUGGGCUAUGCCGGCGGUAACAAGGAGUCUCCAGAAUAUAGAAACAUGGGAGACCAUACGGAAGUUGUUGAUAUUGAAUAUGAUUCAGAAUUAGUAUCCUAUACACACUUGCUGAGCUUGUUUUGGAAUAAUCACGAGUACGGUCUGACAACAAAGAUUAAGAGACAGUACAUGUCACUAAUCUUAUAUCAUGACGAAGAGCAAAGGUUGCUAGCUGAAAAAUCUCGUGAACAAGAACAGCAAGAGCGCAAAGAAACCUUUGUCACAGAAAUUAAGAAGUUUACAAGGUUUUAUCCAGCAGAAGACUAUCAUCAGAAGUAUCGCCUGCAGAAUCAUCCAUGGUUGAUUGAAACACUAGGCCUCACUACACCGGAAAUCUUGCGCACUUCUUCCUUGGCAAGCAAGUUGAAUGGCUAUAUAGCUGGCGCCGGAACCCUUGAACAAUUUGAGAAGGAGUUACCAAGCUUGGGAUUGAGCGAGAAAGCAGUGCAAUAUAUGACAAAGUACAUUAUCGAGAAUCAGGGCAGUGGUUUGUACUGCUAGCGUAUCUCCAAGAAGAAGAGAACAGAAAUAUUUUCUGCUGUUAUAUACACAGACGUAGGCUGGAUAGACUCGGUUUCUUUGCAAAAAGAAAAACACAGCCUGAUACGUGUAUUACAUAUAUUAGAUGUUACAAAUGCCUUAACACUUAUUACAUGGACACUUUUCAAGUCGUUCAUUAUUUCGUGAACGUACUUAAUGCCAGUGUUAUAUGUAAGGUAUCGUAAAAGAUGCCCUUUAUUGACAAAUUUGAUAUGAAUUAAUCGUGAUGGCUAAUUGAUUUGGAAUGGACUUUUUUCCUAGAGAAA